UAUACACGAUAUUUGACAGGUUUGCACUGCCUGGGAAAUCAAAUAAUUGAAUCAAAUAAUAAACCUUCCGUACUUUCCUUUGUGUUCUGAGGCAUUCUAUAUAACACCUUGCCAUUCUACGAGUACACAACUCGAAACGUUACCCUUUGCUUGUAACAUACAACGCAACUCAACACUCGCGUAGUGCCCCGUUAAACUCGAUUCAAGGUCACCUUUGUUGGUAGGCCGCUCCUCAAGUCAGUUGAACAACAUCUGUGCAGGUUCAGACAUGGCACAUCAACAAACAGAAAGCGCUUUCCUUCUCGAGCGUUACUUCAAGUCGAAAUCUUUUUCCGCUGUUCGUGAAGCAUUUCCUAACAAGGAAACACCGAAUACGACAACAACGCACCGACCGGGUUGGAACGACGUGGGUUUCCAUGGCUCCGACCAGAUUCCAACACCCAACAUCGACGCCCUUGCCUAUAGUGGUAUUAUUCUGAACCAGCACUACGUGCAGCCCAUCUGCACUCCCACGAGGGCCGCCCUCCUCACCAGCAGGUACCCGUCAAACAUAGGAAUGCAAGGUAUUCCAAUAGCGGGAUGUGAACCGCGGGCCCUACCACCAGGCAAACUGUUACCACAGUAUCUCAAAGACUUGGGCUAUACGACCCGAAUUGUCGGCAAGUGGCAUCUCGGCUUCUACAAGAAAGAGUUCACGCCUACCUAUCGUGGCUUUGACUCCCAUCUGGGGUACUGGAACGGACUUGUGAACUAUUACGACCACGUAUACCAAGACUUGAUUCCAGUCAAAAUGGUAAAACCAUUUCCGGCACAAGGCAUUAACAUUACGCAGUCUGAUAUUGACUGGGCGGGAGGUGACCAACUGAGCGGUGUGGAUUUCCACCGCAACCUGCUGCCCGCUCUGGACCUAUCAGGACGCUAUGCGACGGAUGUCUUCACGGAAGAAGCGGUGAACAUCAUUGAGACACACGACCUCUCCUCACCACUGUUCCUCUACCUGGCACAUCUCGCCUGUCACUCGGGCAACAUCGGGAAGCUACUGGAAGCACCGAAAGAUGCCGUCGACAAGUUCGGACACAUCAUCGAACCGAACCGAAAAACGUUUGCCGCUAUGAUGUCCAAGCUGGACGAGUCUGUGGGGAAGGUAGUCGCUGCACUGAAGAGCCGUGGCAUUCUACAGAACACCAUCAUCGUAUUCCUGAGUGACAACGGAGCGCCAACCCUGAAUGUCGGGGUCUGGCGUAACUGGGGCUCCAACUACCCACUACGUGGCGUGAAAGUGACCCAGUGGGAGGGAGGAGUACGCGGAGUGGGAGUACUGUGGGGUGCAAUGCUGAAGAACACGUCGCGGGUGUCGUCGCAGUUAAUGCAUGUAACCGACUGGCUACCAACUCUGUACACGGCGGCAGGUGGCAACCUGGAUGACUUGCAAUCGGCACAGCUGGACGGGGUGGACCAGUGGAGUGCACUGGUGGACGACACGCCCUCUCGCCGCGAAGAAGUGCUUCUCGUACUUGACGAGCGUCACAACGUCAGUGGCCUCAGGAUCGGCCACUGGAAAUACGUCACAGGUUACAGGGCUGGGCUGGACGGCUACUCUGGAGACAUCGUUCUCGGCACGACCGAUCCUCCCUACAACCCUGAGGAGGUGCUGCAGAGUGACGCCGGGUUGGCGCUUGCAACAGUGAAGCUCCGCGCUUCUGCAGCCGACAUCCUUCGGCUCAGGAGCCAGGCCACAGUGACUUGCUCUAGCCCCGUUAGCAGUACCCCCUGCAACCCGGAGAAGGGCCCCUGUUUGUUCGAUCUGAGCGUCGACCCAUGCGAGGUGAACGAUCUGUCCGCCCAACACCCCAAUGUGGUACAGAAGCUCACAGAGUUGCUCAGCAAAUACUCUGCCACCCUGGUGCCUCAACUGAACGAACCUUACGACCCAGUCAGGGCUGACCCCGCGAAAUUUAACAAUAUUUGGUCAUCCUGGGAAGACUGAAGUUCCGUGGAUAAUGUUGCUGAUUCGUUUCUGUGACAUUAUUAUGCGUUCCUUGUACCACGAAAAGAACGCCAAUAGAGCCCCUACUGUGUCUGUAUAUCAGCAUAUCUCAACUCGAUGACCGCUGGUCGGAGUUGUAUAACAUUUUGUGUGAAAGUUCAGCCAUUGAGUUCUACUCUAAAAUCGUCCUCUUUAAUUUCCUACAGCGUUGAUUCCAACAUGGACGAAAAAAUUCGUGAGGUUGAAUCGACAUUAGCGCUACUCACAAUAGGGCCACACAAUGAUACAGAGUAACUGACUUUAAAAAAUGCAAAUCUGGUACUCUAAUAUUUUGUGCAAUAUAAAAAUAACUUCCCUGGGAUUUAAUCUUGUGGCCAAAUGCGCAUGACUCCAGUACGCUACCACACAUAAAAUUGGCAUUCUGCAAUUUGUAUCUGUGUAUAUAUGUUUUUAUGUAUAUAAACAUUAUCUGGAGAA